CAGAAGAAGCCAAUUCAUCAGCAAAAACCUCAUAGAGAAAAAUAAAUUGUCUCAGAAACUCUGUGGGAGGCCCAGGGAAGUCUUUUAACUUUGUUUCCAGGGGAGGAUUUUAUUAAGAGGACCAGGUGGACUUAUUCAGAGCUGGACUCACCUACACCCAUCUCACCUUUCUGCCUAAACGUAGGCAGGAAGGAGAGACACAAGGAGUAAAAUCUCUGGACCUUUGCCUAAACAAGUUUCUCAGACCAGGCAGAAACAUGCCCUCCUCUUUCAGGAUCAAUUAUUCAUACGCAUAAGGUUUCCUGUGUGUCAGAGCAGAAUAGGCAGUCUGUGGAGGCUCAGCUCCAUACUGUGGCACAGUGCGCUGUGAUACAAGAACUCAAGGAGGACACCACAAGUGGAGAAGUGAGAUAGAGGACACACAGAGAGCAAGAUAGUCUGCAUUUUGAUGUUUAGAGAUCCCAGCAGCAGAGCAGAGUAAUUUGAGGAGGAGGUUGAAGAAAAAGAGAUGAAGGCUCUGCAGAAAAAUCAGGGACGCACUGACCAGAUGUUGGGAGCCAUGGCGGACAUGCUUACUUCCGUGGCCAUGCCCAAUCAACAGUGGCUCUCAGAGGGAGGUGAGGCAGACCUCCCAUUAAGUGAAGAGGAGAAGGGGCCUGUCCAUGUCCAAUGGGAGCCAGAGGGGCUGGACUGGGAGCAAAACCCAGAGCCGAGAGACAGAACAGACUCGUAUUCAGCAGCAGGUAGUGAGGGCAGCAUCUCCACCUCUGUGGCAUCACUGCCCCCACAGGCAUCCAGUAGUUCGGCCCCCAGUUCUCCAGGCUCUAGACGCUCUGUGAGCACCCUGAAGAAGUGGCUCACAAACCCAGUCCGCAAACUCAGCGUUGGGGCCACUGCCAAAGGGGAGCGUCAGGUGCGCAAACUUGAAGGAAAGCCUCCACCUCUUCCAUCACACAGCCACAGCCAGGAUCUGGGCAGCCCCCCAAGACCUGACGAGACCCUUACCAUCCUGCCUAUCACCCAUAGAGAACUGGAGUGGAAGGAUGGUCUUGCAAGCCCUGAGGAUCUGUCACCUGCUACACUUCAGUCCCCCAGCUAUAUCACAGAUUCGCUGAUCGGCUGCACAUCACUACCAAAUGCCCAGGACACUCAGUCCACCAGUGUUCUUCCUGAUGACAGCGGAUCGGUCAUAAUGGACGAUACCUCCAGCCAUUCUUCAGUAGCGGCGGACACUGAGGAGGAGAGGAGGAGUGCCUUAGAGAAGAGCAUGUAUGUACUGAAGGAGCUUAUUGAGACAGAGAAGCACUAUGUGGCAGAUUUGGGGUUCAUAGUCGAGGGCUACAUGGACACAAUGCACUCUAAAGGUAUUCCAGAGGACAUGAAGGGAAAAGACAAGAUUGUUUUUGGGAACAUUCACCAAAUAUUUGACUGGCAUAAAGACUACUUCCUGGGAGAGCUGGAGAAGUGUUUGGCAGAGCCAGAGAGACUGGCUCAACUCUUCAUUAAACAUGAGAGGCGUCUGCAUAUGUAUGUGGUGUACUGUCAGAACAAACCCAAGUCAGAGCACAUUGUCUCAGAGUACAUCGAGACUUACUUUGAGGAGCUCCGGCAGCAGCUGGGCCACAGGCUGCAGCUCAAUGACCUGCUCAUCAAACCUGUCCAGAGGAUCAUGAAGUACCAGCUGCUGCUCAAGGACUUCCUCAAGUAUUACACCAAAGCUGGGAUGGAUACAGAGGAGUUGGAGAAAGCAGUAGAAGUGAUGUGCUUUGUGCCAAAACGCUGCAAUGACAUGAUGAAUGUGGGUCGACUACAAGGCUUCGAGGGAAAGAUCACAGCCCAAGGCAAACUGCUCCAGCAAGACACAUUCACCGUUACCGAGCAGGACACUGGUUUUCUUUCCCGUGCCAAAGAAAGACGAAUCUUCCUGUUUGAGCAGCUGGUCAUCUUCAGUGAGCCUAUCGACAGGAAGAAGGGCUUCUCGAUCCCUGGGUACAUCUUUAAAAACAGUAUAAAGGUGAGCUGCUUGGGGGUGGAGCCCAGUGUUGAUGGUGAUGAUGCACGCUUUGUGCUCACAUCACGCAACCCAGAUGGGAGUGUGGUGCGCUUCCAGUUGCAGGCUUCCUCUCCAGAGAUCUGCAGGGCCUGGCUCAAUGAUGUGGUGCAAAUCUUGGAAACCCAACGCAACUUCCUCAAUGCCUUACAGUCACCUAUCGAGUACCAGCGGAGAGAGAGCAAGUCUAAUAGCCUGGGUCGCAGCAUGAGGCCCCCUCUGUCUGCUGCCAGCUCCCUGCGGCCCCACUCCUCUGCCUCCAUCGACCGUCAUAAGCUGCCCUCUCUUCAUUCUCACAACACCUCCCUGCCUGCGCUCUACCUGCCCAGCCAGGGCCAGGGGCAAGGACCCAGUGAAACAUCCUCACUGCGGGAGCCCACACUGGUCCAGCCGUACCCUGCUGACUCCCACACUGUUUCUCCGUCACAUGUCCAACUGGGCUUCACCGAUCAGCCGAGCUAUCAAGCUGUGUCAAAUGGGCUGUACACCCCCUCCACACAAAGUGCACAGCAGAGAGCAGGAGAGGGCUGCCGCAGGGGUCAGGGAGCUGAUGCUGGGAGCCAACCUCCACUGUCCGGCCCCUAUCCCUCCACUGGACGACGGCCCAGUAACUUGGCCCAGCUCGCUGAGGACGAACUAUGAACUCUGUCUGUAUGCUGGGUUAGGAAGGCAGCAGCUGAUGCCACAGUGCUGGAGAUUAAAAGCCUUUUCUACUGUCUAUUUAUGUUGUUACGGCCAGGUUGGACCCUUACCUGGCUUAGCAAUGUUUUCCCAAGGACAAUAAAGGAAUAUACAGAUGUGAGCUGUGACUAUAGACUGGCUGCUGCGUCAGUAGGAGGUGUGCAGCCUUGGCCACUGUCCGCUUACAUGAACAUCAGCCAGUGGGAUGAUUCUGGACUCAGAGUGAAAACACUCAGUGAACACACAGUGUUAUGACGAUUUCUGCUUUUUACCUUUUUGAGAGUUUGUAUAUCAUACUUGUUUCUCUUUCAAAGGGCAAGGGGAGUUUGUUUAAAGAGGAAAAAUAUCCAUUCCUAAUUGGGGCGGUCACUGGAGCUAAGAGCGUGUGUUUGUAUGGAUGAAUUUGUAUGUUUAUGCAGCGAUGUGUGGAUGUGUUUGAAUGCAUGAGAGUGUGCAAGGAGUGCCUCUUCUUGUACACAGCCUAUUCAGUUUCCUUAUUAAAGAUGUUUUUUCCCAUGCCCCAGAGUGAAGACAAACACAGCUACAUAAGUACAUUUUGUCAUUCCCCUGCUGACAACUGAGUUUGCUGUUUAUGUUGACAAGAAUGGGAAAGGCAGAUCAUUUGAUCUGAACAUGACAUGAGGACUUGUACUCAUUCGAAUUUCAACUGAAAAUGAAGAACUUUCUUGCUACAGUGUUGAGAGUUCAUGCAUGCUCUCCUAUUCUGUUUGACUGGCCCACGUUUGAUCUGGACAAAAAAGGAGUGAGGGAGCCCCCUGGAGGUUUUCUGUGGGUAUGACGUCACUUUGGAAUACUUUCUGCUCUUUGGGCAACUCUAUAGGAGUUGUCCCAAAGGUGCAUUCAAAGGGACUGCAGAGCUGACCCUGUGCUCAAGUGUUGCAUGCAACAUCUCCUUGGUGAUUGACUUGCACAAUGUUACUUUACACAGAUCUGUAUUUUAAGGCCAAAGUGGGUUGUGGAUUUGCAAGUGCAAGUACUUAAAACUGCAUUUGCUAAAACUAAUAUGAAUUGUUUUAUUAGUCCACUGUUGUCAUGUCAAGGCUGUGCACCAUUUCUAUAAUCUCUGUUGGCUUUUCCUCUCAUGGACUAAAUACUGUACAGUGCAUAAUAUAAUUGCAAUCAUACAUUUCCACUUGUAAUAUGAAGAUUGACCGGUUAUGCUGAUAAAUGUUCAUGCUUCAGAUGGUUAAUAUGAAGGAUAAUGUGUAGCAAGAUAAACAGGGUGAUCUGCAUGCUUCCUUUUCCUUAGACGACAGUGCCAAAAACAACAGCAGCUCUCACUUUUCUUUCUUUUUCAUGCACUUACUCCAAAGUUCAGUUUGCCUCUAGUCUUACAAAACAACCACAGAUUUAUGUUUUACUGUCUGGAUUUUAUUGCCUACAAAAAGUGACAAAGAGUGAAAAGUGGGUGGAAUGGGGGGGCGGGGGGUAUCCUGCUUGCAACACCAGGUCAGUUCUAUUUUGUGGCCAGUAGAGGUCCCCACAAGGCUUUCACUUCCAGUUUAGUUGGCUCAUACAGCUCCACCAAAGAUCGAUAGACCUCAUAGUUGAAUGCUCACAUUGAAACACACAUUUCUUGAUAAUCCAUAAGAAAAACAAGAUCCUUCUGCAGCUAAUGUGAACUAGGAUUUUUUUUUUUUUUUUUUUUUUUUUGAUCAGGCAGUUUUGCAUGAAACAAAGUAAAACCACUACAAAGAACCAACAGAAAGGAAAAACAUAAAAGUUCUGGUUAAUGCCAUGUUUGACUGACUAGAAACUGUUGUAUCAUAUCAAAUAAAAAGUGUCUUUUUGAAAUG